AUGAGUCCACUCCUCUUUGACCGCGUCUCCCAAGGUCCGGCCAUGGUCCUUCCCCAUUCCCAGAACCAUCCGUCCUUUCAAUUCCCUUCCCAGUCCGUCCAGGGCCUGCAGGCCUUCGACUCCGGCUCGUGGUCCUUGGACAACGCGCCUUUUGCGAGCUCCUCCAAAGCAUCCGCGCGGUAUUCCCCCUCAUGGAAACCCAUGGCAAAUCCAAGGCCUGCAUUCACGAACCAGUCACGAAAGAGAUCCCGUGAUGACAGUGAUGAUUCCAACGAGCAGCGUCGUGAGCCCCUUGCUGCCGCUACCAAGGCAGCGCCUCCUAAACCUGUCGUGGAGGAGCCAAUUUACGGUGAAGGCAUGGUCUUGCUGAACCCUCGGACUGGCAUGGCAUUGUCUGCAGAUAGUCAGACAGGCACGUGGUUCGAAGAAACCGCGGAGAAACAGGCUGCCUUGGCGCCUCCGGUCUCAUCCAGACACCAGGAUGCUGGAUCCUCUAUUGCUCCCAGUCGCAAAUCCCAGCGUCUCGACGUCUCUGCUCCCGGAUUAGACGACGUGUCGCUUGCUUGUAUGCAGCAAAGACUUCAAUCGACCACCCACGACGAUGACCGCCGCUCUUUCGGAAACUCGGGCGUUUUUACUUCGAUUGACGAACCUCGUGUCGACGAUGUCACCCUCUUGCUCGGGAUCAGCUGGCAGCGAGUCAACCGCGAUGACCUGGCGCCUGCGAUUUGCGGGUGGGAAAAAUACAUCAAUAACCACUUCGGCCGGUAUCUGCACAGCGCCCGCAUUCUUCUAAAAAACCGCAGCCUCAAUGCCUAUCUCGUUGCUGCCCUGCCCGUCACCGAACCUAUGGCUGCAACCUCGACUUUUGGAACUGCUACGUCCCCUAUGUCAGCUGCUCUAGAGUUUGAUCCACGCUCUUAUUUCUUCCUGUUCAAGGAGGACUUGACCGAAGGCCAGCUUGUUGGCUCCACUGUCGACACCUGCCUGCAAAACCUCCGAUCUGCACCCAUCAACUUCGAAGGCAGCGAAAUCCUUCGCGCUUCUGAACGAUCACCGGAACGCGUUAUGAACGAGUCAAUGAACGACAGCAACGUAGUCGGAAACGGGUUGAAGCAUGACAUGGCGAUGGGAACGGGGAUGGACCUCGACUUUUAA